AUGGAGAAUGUAACAGUUCUACAAAGGUGUUCAGCUAAUUUGGAAGAUAUUUUUUUUGAAUUGGGAGAAAAGAAUUCGAAUUCUGUUUUUUAAAUAGAAAGACUAUAUAGUGAUUAAUAAAUUAAAUGUUUGGAUGUAAUUUGGAAGAUAUACAAGAGAGAAGAAAUUCAGAUGCUUAGCAGAGAAGGCAAAAAGGAAAAAGAAUGAAGAAAAAAGAGAGAACAAAAGACCUGCAUAAAAUGAUUUCUUCAUCAUAUGAGAAAGUGAUCAUGUCAUAUGGCCCGUGAGUGAGUGAGCCAAAGCUUAACUGCCUUCAAUCCCCACUCCUCAUUACAUGACAAAAUCCCAACUCCCACAUAUAGACAAUAUCCUGGCCGGCUAUCCUCACAUGCCACCAAAAUCCUACAGAAGCAGCAGCCCACCAUCCCUCUUCCUUUCCUUUAUAUUACCUCUCUAACUCUCUCUCUCUUUUUCCCUCUGUCCAUCUCUCUGUCUUAGGUUAUAGUAGCAGUAGGGAAAGAGAAGGCAGAAAAGAGGAGAAUUCAGAAUAGGGGGAUUAGACCCUUUUGUUGCCAAGAAAAGGUUGUUUUGGAUCAGUGGUUUUCGGUUUGCCUCAUUGCAUCCCCUAUCUUUAGCAACUGAAAAGGCCGAUCUUUUCUUGCAAGAAGGGUCUCUUUUGCCGAAUUUGACUUCAACCAAGCUUUUUUGGGAUGAGAGUUUACUCUUUGAACGGUCCCUUUUAGUUUCCUUUGUUGGAUGAAAAUAAAAUCCCUCAUAAAAGCUGAACUGUCAAUUUUCUGUGAUUCAUUUGCAGAAUUCCCCCAAACUGUACUAUAACUCGGCUGUUUUCACUCUUUCACCAUUACUGUGAGGAUCGUUUCCCAAUGCCAAGGGUUUAGGUAGCUUUGGUGAUGCCAAUUGCAUGGAACAACUUUUAGUCCAUUGCGCAAACGCAAUAGAAAGCAACGAUGCCACUCUAGCGCAGCAGAUUCUUUGGGUUCUAAACAACAUUGCACCACCAGAUGGUGACUCUAACCAGCGCUUGACCUGUGCUUUCCUUCGAGCUCUUAUUGUCCGAGCAGCAAAAAAUGGCACUUGCAAAAUGCUUGCAGCAAUGGCAAAUGCUCAUUGCAACCUUUCUAUCGACAUCCACGCUUUCUCUGUCAUCGAGCUAGCCAGCUUUGUGGACUUAACCCCAUGGCAUCGGUUCGGUUUCACCGCAGCAAACGCAGCAAUACUAGAAGCUGUUGAAGGGUAUUCCGUAAUUCACAUAGUUGAUUUAAGCUUGACACAUUGCAUGCAAAUCCCUACAUUGAUUGAUGCCAUAGCUAACAGGCUUGAGGGACCCCCAUUGCUGAAACUCACAGUUGCUGGUGGUGCCACUGAAGAUAUCCCGCCGAUGCUUGACCUUUCUUAUGAAGAGUUAGGCUCCAAGUUGGUUAACUUCGCUAGGUCACGCAAUGUAAUGUUGGAAUUCAGAGUCGUUCCUUCAACUUAUGCUGAUGGAUUCUCCUCUUUGAUCGAGCAGCUUCGCGUGCAACAUUUAGUAUAUGCAGAAAGUGGUGAGGCUCUUGUUAUAAACUGUCACAUGAUGCUUCACUAUAUACCAGAGGAAACAUUGUCUCCUCUUCCUAAUGCAAAUUCAAAUCCUUACUCUUUCGAACCAUCUUCCACUUCAUCUCUUCGAACCAUGUUUCUCAAGGCACUACGCGGAUUAGACCCAACAAUUGUUGUUCUAGUAGACGAGGAUGCGGAUUUGACAUCUAAUAAUUUGGUAUGCCGAUUAAGGUCUGCAUUCAAUUAUCUAUGGAUACCAUAUGACACUGUGGAUACGUUUCUUCCACAAGGAAGCAAGCAAAGGCAGUGGUAUGAAGCUGAUAUUUGUUGGAAGAUAGAGAAUGUGAUAGCUCACGAAGGCCUGCAGAGGGUUGAGAGGCUUGAACCAAAGAGCCGGUGGGUGCAGCGGAUGCGAAACGCCAAUUUUCGAGGGUUUAGUUUUGGUGAAGACGCGGUUUCAGAAGUGAAAACCAUGCUUGAUGAGCAUGCAGCUGGAUGGGGAUUAAAGAAAGAAGAAGACGAUCUUGUACUUACUUGGAAAGGACAUAAUGUUGUAUUCGCUACUGCUUGGGUGCCUGCUUGAUGCUUUUCCUUCACAAGUUUAUAUUAAUCUAAUCAAUUUUUUUCUUGUAUUAGUCUCUAAUUUGCUAUCAUUUAACUAGAAAGUAGCAGUCUUUCUGAAUAGUGUGUGGAAGCUAAUAUAUCUGUUAGAGGGUUCUUGUCAACUAAUUUUUUCCUUUUUUAUAUAUUUUCUCUCAUGUACUAUAACUUUCUUUGGUAUAAUAACCUUAAUUA